CUAAAGUGACAUUUCCUACGGAAAUAGCUCCGUCAGGCCUGGAUGGGAAAGGGAAAUAAUCGGGAUAAACGGGAACUGGAUACAAACCACAUGGAAUACUUCUAUAAUUAUUAGGCUAUUAGCCCAACCACAUUCUAGCGACAGCUAUGCUGACUAUGCAGUAUGCCCGUAUUAACUGGCAUACCGUAAACCACACCCCUAACUUGUGCCAAUCACAGGGGUGUAACAUUUUGGUUACAGAUUUCCCCAUAGACCGUGCAAGAAACAAGCCGUAUACACUCUUAUACAGAAAGUCUCACUUUCUGUUUUUAUUAUAGUGUAUAGGUCCUGCAACAGUGUGCAGGCCUGACGGAAAAUUUCUGAAGUCUGGACAAAUGCCAUUUUCUGGACUGCUUUGAACCUGUGAGAAUGGUUGCUUGCAGAACUGGGUUACCAAUGCUUCAUGUACAGCAUACAGGGAAUUGAUUAGAAUUCUUUUCCCUUCAUGCAUUCGAAAAAGCGAACCCACCAACAAAUGCGCCAUGGGAGCUCGCGUAGCGGCACGGGUGCUAUCCAUUACCAGCACGGCCUGCACGGGCAACAACAAAGAUCUCGACAAUCUGCUCCAUCGGUCUCGAAGUUUCCUACCCAGUUUUCGCGUCCAUCUGAAAAGCUCGUCAUUGACUUCCUAGAAGCUAUACGAACGCCUGGCACACCGUUUUCAUCCCUUCAGCUGUUUAGCGAAGCCCUGGAGAAAGAUGGCAAGGAUUUGGUCGGAGUUCUCUGCCGGCGAACCUCAGGAACGGAAGUAACGUCGUUGCUUGCAGCAGCGACGAAACUGAAGGCUCCCGACAUUGCCCUGAUAUUUACAAUUCUGGAGCGCAUCGUCCUGACCAUUGUAUCAGAGCUGGAUGCCCUGGAAAGCUUCGCUCUGGAGAUGGCGGAGCAGUUGCUGACUAAGCACGUCAGAACGUUUUACUACAUGCUCAAAACCACGAACAAGUCCAACCAAAUCAAGUCCGCUUUAAAAUUGCUCAUUAGUUUGUGCACAUUAGGAAACCGCACCGUGAAGCUUCUGGCGACGCAUUUCAGUUUUUCAGCCUGCAGUUUUUCGGCGUUGGUGUCACGGAGAAAUACGGUUGAUCCGCAGGAUGUUCGAGCGCUAACGGUGCAUCUCUUAGUGGCCAUAAUGAUGUUUGGCGAUAACUUCGCCAUUCGCCACCUGGCGCAAGCGAAAAACGUGAUUGCAGCAGUCUUUCCCGGGAUGAUUGUUGAUCGACCGGAAAUUGUACAACUUUUGCUCUCCACUUUGCUGGACAAGGUUGUGAAGAAUUCAUCCAUAUCUAAGACGAUGAAAAUCCAGUUAUUCAAUCAGACGACACUGCGACAGCUGUUGAAAGUGCUGGCAUGGAAUGGCCAUCGAAAAAGUGAGAAAGAGUUUAACGAGAACGAAGUCGUGCCGGCUUCGACGGUGGAUGCUCGAGACAGUGUUCGAGAUGCUAUGAUGCAGUUCUUGCUUGUUGUCUGUACCUCAACAAAAUUUGGCAUCGUUUUCCAGGAUCCACUUUUGGGAAAUUCAUCGAAAAAUGCCAACCACAUUCUGACGGAAGUUAUGCGCACGCUGGUGCCCACUUCGGUGUAUCAUCGCAGCCUAAUGCGAGCGGUGCUGCUUGCUGCCCCGGAUCAGGUCGUUCACUUGCUGGUCAGCUGGAAACCGGCAUUUAUGCCUCGCAAUUCCGACAACUGGUUCCUGAUGAUAAACUGGUUGAGCGAGGUAUACGACGGUUUCGAUGUUGUAUCGCGACUUGGAAGUAUUCCAGCGAAAUCGGUCGUUCAACCGUCCAUGAUGUUGGUUUUGCCGCCAUGGAUGGAUAAGGAUUUUCAGCGAGAAGUUUUUGCGUCCACAGUGCAUUCCAGUGUCUCCGAAGCCUUUACCAGUUUUUUAGAAAAAGCCUUGGUUCGGGCAUACAAGAUCAUGCUUAUUCUGCCAGCUAAAGACAAAUCCGAAUUUUUAAAGCUUUUACCGGAUAAAUUUGUGGAUGAUCAGAUUGUUACCGCUUACUUAUCAGACGCCAAGGUCUUGGGGCAGAACUUGUCUCGAUUUCUGGAACUGUACGCGAUAAUCCUGGACACGUCGGUGCCGAAUCAUCCAGAACCGGUUGAAAACAGAGCAGCGAUAAAACAAGAUAUGCAGCAGCUGUUAAUGAUUGCGGAGAGUUCCGUUAGAUCCCAGGUGAAGGAAGUUGCCGUUGACAUUAAUGACCCAGCAAUCCAAAAGCAAAAGGAACGGAUGGCAGCGCAUCUGGCCGCUACCGUCUUGCGCAAUGAAUUGACGGAAUUUCUAUUAGAAAUAUCUUACACGAAUCGGCAAGGCGUACGUGGGCCAUUUCUGGAUCUUCUAUUGAAUGCCUAUGGAGCGACGCUGUCCCUGUCCGACCAGAAUAUCUACAAAGCUCUGACUAUAGCUGAGGCAUCAGCAGAUGUUGCUAAUAAGGAAGUAUUCGCGUUAUUUGGCAAACUGGCGCAGCGGCAACAGCAGGUACGUAUGGGGCAAGGAGUUGCAUUACCCCAUACGACCCUGCGAGAAUUUGUUGACAACCUCGAUCGUAGCAUGCUCGUUUUAACGGCGUUACAUUUCCCCAUUCAACUGUGCCUUGGUAGCACCACGGCGCCUGUUAUAGAUUCCCGGAUCUACGAUCCCCGAUACCUACUUACCAAUUUUGGGAUGCUGUUGCCCAGACCGAAAUUCAACAUUAUUCAUUUUGUCGAAUCCGGUUGUUUGGGUGUGGUGGUCGCGGCUUUAGGUAGCUUGGACCAGGCCAUGCGAGAUGCGGCUGGCUUUUGUUUGUGCAGAUUAGAAGAACAAGUUCAGGAACUCGGUUUCAGAUUGAAAGAGCAGCUGUUGUGUGUUCUGUCGCAAAUACGGCGUGCGAGUCGAAGUGGAAAACCGUGGCCACAUCUGUGGACCGUCCUCUUGACUCGAUUUUUUGUUAGUUUCUUUGAGGAUCAGAAUCAUAAUCGUCAGAUGAUCAUGGAGUUUUUCCUGGUUAAGCCUGAUUUCAACUUGGAAAGCGUGCCGGAGUUUCUGAAGUUAUUUGAAAGCAGUGAGCUCAGCCAUAUGAAAGACCGGAAAUUUGUUUUGGAUAUAAUUAAACACGGAGUGCGACAGUACCGUGAUUUCGAGAUCUGUCGCCAUUCCCAUGUGUUCGAAGCUGUCUUGGCAAUGUACGGAUCGCCGCUAUCGAAUAAAGCGCAAAACCAGCAGGUGGCUGAAGUGUUGGAAGCCGUUUCCGCGGUACCGUACGUAGGACGGGCAUUGAUUAAACAGUUCGGUUUAUUUUCUUGGUUAACACACGCCCUGAGCGGAGACGAGGAGCCGUUAAUAAGUUUGUUGCACUGCGCCGCAAAUUGCAUGGGAGACACGUUGUUUGCAAGACCAGUCAAUCGUGCCUACUUCCGGUCGCACGGCUUGCUGUUACUUCAUCCACUGCUCAAAAUUGGAGAAGAUUUUGUGAAGCAUGUCAAAAUUCUGGAAGUGAUCUUGAUAUUUGUUCUUCGUCUGCUUCUUCUGAACACACUGGACAUGGGUACAGCGGAUAGCCAUUUCGGAUGGGAAAAUGUUUCCGCUGUCGUCAGAUUGCUGUGCCACUAUAUGCAGUUAACUGGGUUUGGCAAAGAGCCCCACCAUCCGCAAUUACCGAAGUUGUCAUCAUUUGUUUCUAAAUUAAAAAAGAAAUCUAAUUCUUCAUUAGAUGUUGCGCUUGUGGAAGAUCUUUCACGGUUAUUAUGUAGCGCGUUGAAUAUGCCAGCUGAUGCCGAUUUAUUUUUGGAUUGAUCCAAACUGUGUGAAGAAAAGUAUUGUGUUAAUGUUGAGAAAUAAAAAAAGA